AUGCUAGCAGGUGUGGUGUACUGCACACGAGUGCUUGGGGCAGCCAAACUACUUCCCGCAGUACAAAACAGCAGCGAGACUGACGACAACUACGAGAACUUUUUAGAGAUGCGCCGCAAGUAUCUCGCCGAUGGGUCGCUUAGUCCAAUGAGCGAGAUGAUUAAUCUGUUGGCGUACGGCAAGCACAUUGCACACAAUCAAGGCAACACAGGCAACGCAUACUGGUCAGAGGACAAGAAGAUCUUUUAUCUCAACGGGCAGCCGAUAUCUAUCGCACGGUUCUGCAAGAUGGCUUAG